UAAAUUUGUCUCGCAUCUGUAAAAAAGUUUUGUAAUUAGACUUUAUUUAAUACUUCUAAAUGAUAAGAUUCUCUUUGAUGUGACGGGUCUAAACUUUAGACCAUAGGAAACGAACACACCCUAAGUUUCAAUAUAUGCAUUGCAUCAGCAAGUUGGCUUGGUACUUAACCUGGAACCUAUAUCUCUACUUGAGAUUAUAGCUUAUAUUUUUUAACGUUGAAUAACCAAAAUUUUCAUAAGGUUCAUCAUUUAUUUUGUUUCUUUUUUGACUGAAUGUUUGUCUUGUUUGGAACUCUUUUGCUGUGUUAUUGGAGUCAAUUCAUAGUGAAAGUGCAAAUAUUUGAGGAGGUUCUUAGUUAAAAAAUAAGAUUUAACUGAGGUUGGGGGCAGUAGAGCUGCCACAAGUGCUAUGUGAAGUCGAUGGUCUGGCACUGUCUAGUAUUUUUUUCAGUUAUUAGCAAUAUAAUGUCAAUAUAGUAUAUUGUAUUGUUUGCAAUUAUAGCCGAGCACUCUAGCAUAUUUCUAGUUACAGCUAAGCAUUUUACUUAUGGCGCUUUAGCAACUUUUAGACUAAUAUAUUGUGGGACUUUAGCAUUUCUUCAGUAACAGUUAAGAAAUUUGCAUACUAUGGUUUAGCAUUUUGCAAUUGAGCUAUUAUCAGAAGCAAUUUACAUACUACAUAUUGGAUGUCUGCGACCCACAAACUUUUCUACUAGCAUUAUCAUAAGCAUUUUAACAAAUUUUAGUAGGCAUUUAAAUACUAUUCAGAUAGCAUUUUAAAUAUUCAGUUCAAGCAAUUUUGUUUGAGUAUCUCACAAUUCAUUUUUUUUAUUGGCUGCCUUCAGUAUAUAGUUAACAUACAACUACUAACAAUGCUAAUACAAGCAAUAAUUCUUCAGCCUACUAAAUAGGGAAUGCUUUUUGACCUCCAUUACUUACAUAGUUGCAUGUGCUCUCUGAUUUUUGUGUUUUGUUCCAUUAUAUUUGCAGGUCACCGGAGUAUUGAACAUAAAUGCAAAUCUCAAGGCAUUUUGAGUAAUUAGAAGCAAAUAUAUUUAGCAGCUGGGAGCACAUAUUGAAUACAUUUUUGCAAUUUUUGAUUCACAAAGUGCAGCAAUGAAAAUUGUAGACAAAUCAAUAGAUAACUUUGUAGAUCUGAAAAUUGUGUUUUAAGAUGCAUGACAUUUAUACGUUGUUUUAUUUCCAUGAGGGGUUGAUGCUGUGCCUUAUGAAGUGCUUGACAAUUUGUCUGUUGCCUGAUAUUUUUUGUUCUAUGAUGCUUGAUGAUGAUGUUUAUUAUUUGCCUAAAGCACAUACCUGAUGAUGUUCUGAACUGUUUGGAGAAAAAACAAAUUUGUUGGGCAGUGAAUUGAAUGAUGUUUUAUGUCUGGGCUGCUGAUAGCAUCGGAGAAAGGACGCAGCCGCCAUAGGGAAGAAAAAGUAUGAAAAAAUAAAUUUGCCAGAAUAGGAAAGUGCGCCCACUUACAAUGAUUCGUUUUGCUAAUUAACGGCGGCCGUUAGCCGGGUCCUAUAUCAAAUUACAACCUACAGUAUAGAAAUUAUUACCUAAAAAGAUGAGUUCCGGAUCCAAACACGCGGACUCGUCCUGUGUACUGGCCUGCGGUAAAAGUUCAGUCCAGUCCGGCGGCGUAAACACUGGCUGAACCCAAUCCAUCCUAAGCAUUAGUAGCCGGAACUCUCCCCACUCUUCCCGCCACCAUGGCCGCCGCCGCCACCGCCAUCUCCUUGCCCCAUUCUGUCUCCCCUCCCCUUCAAGUCACCCGCCGCCGCCCAGCGCCGCCCGCCUGCUCGCACUCUGAGCGCGGCGUCUCCUUCGACCCCGGCUCCGCCUUCUACCGCAGCGACAGCGCCGCGGGCCGCGACCUCGCCAUCCUCGCGGCCACCCUCCACCGCCGCCACGGCCGCCUCGAUCCCUCGGCCCCGUUCCUCUGCCUCGACGCGAUGUGCGGCUGCGGCGUCCGUGCGCUGCGCUACCUCGCGCAGGCCGGUGCCGACUUCGUCUGGGCCAACGACGCCAACGAGGCGCUCCGCCCAAUCAUCCUCACCAAUCUCUCCCGCUUCGAGCGGGGUUCGCCGCCGGCGGAGGCGGGGCGCAGGAGGUGGGUCGUGUCGCACAACGACGCCACCCGGCUGCUCGCGGAGCGGUACCUUCGGCGCGAGUACUUCGACGUCAUCGACGUGGACUCGUUCGGCGGCGACGCCGCGUACGUAAGGGCGGCACUCUUGGCGCUCAAGAUUGGGGGCCUUCUCUACCUGACGUCCACGGAUUGGCGGUCGGCGAGAGGGUAUGGUUCCAGAAGCUCUUUGUCUUCAUAUGGAGCAUAUGUUCGUCCAAUGCCAUACCCGAAUGAGGUUGGUUUACGAAUGGUUAUAGGUGGUGCUGCACGGGAAGCAGCUCUUCUGGGAUUUCACAUAAGACCAGUAUUCUCGUAUUUUGCAUAUCAUGGUCCUAUUUAUCGAGUGAUGGUACAAUUAUGCAAUGGAAAAGAUAAUGACUCCAGUAAUUAUGGCUUCAUUAGUCAUUGCAAGAGUUGUGGCCAGUCUCAGACUUUUGGAUUUGAUGAGCUGGGGCGGAUUUCUUGUGGUUGUACAGACAGAACAGAUGUCGAUUUGACCGCUGUUGUAGGCCCACUUUGGACAGGUCCCCUCCAUGAUGCCUCUUUCCUUACUGAAAUGCGAAGCUUGGCUGACGAAUGGGGAUGGGCAUACACAAGUGAGAAUGGUGUCACUUUGGAAAAACUUCUUAGCAUGAUGAUUGAGGAGAGUGACCCACGGUUGCCUCCAGGAUAUAUAAGACUUGAUGAGAUUUCAAGACGAGCAAAAGUUAACUCUCCACCACUCAGUACGCUCAUCAAUUCUCUGCGAAAGGAAGGUUUUUCAGCUUGUCGAUCUCAUAUAGGUACAAAUGUAAUCAAGACCAACUGUCCAAUUUCUUCUUGCAUCAAUGUGGCACGAGAGAUCCGGAACCUGCGAUGAAUGUCAACUGCAUUAUUUGGAUUCACCAAGUAGAAAGUUCUUUUGACCGUUGGUGGCACAAAGCAGCUGUGGGAUGUGCACUUCUUCAAGGGGGGCCUUUCACUGUGGCAGUAAUUGGAAGGCCGAUUUUUUUUGCUCACAAAACAUCAGAACCGGUCGUCGCGAGCUACACACGUUUCGCAUCAGGGAUUCAGGGUGCCAGUGUUUGCAUGUUUGUGAUAGGCAUCCGUAGUUCACCUGUUUGUAUACAGGCAACUGUUUUUCCUUUUUUUUUAGUUCUUUGGCAGCGAUGAUGUAGAACCUUGUUAGAAUGAUUAGAAAGAUGCAGGUUAGGGGAAACUACCAGAUGAGAAUGUAAAAUGUAUUCCCUCUGAUGGCGUGAACUAAUCAUCUUGCCCUAGAUACCAUACGUUUAAGAACAAAUGUGGUAGAUUUUUGUUAUGAC